GAUCAGUUGAUAACCUAUUUGUGGUUGUUCAGGAGUUCAGAGAUUUCCAGUUCAAAAAAACAAAGGAAUCAAACUCAGGACCUCAUGCUUGCCAGGCAGGAAGAAGCUCUGAAAGAUUUUGAAGACUUGGCUGGAAAACUCCCGUGGUCAGAUCCUUUAAAAGUAUGGGAAGUUAACACUUGUUUCAAGAAGAAGAAAACAAAGCACAAAAAGAUGAGUGUGAAUUCAAACAAAAAGAAAAUAGUAAAUGGACAAGGAGACAAAUUAGAUGAGAGAGAUGAUGGAGGAUUUGUCAACAGUGCUUUAGAUUCGCGUAUCCUUGACUAUUACGAGAAUCCAGCCAUCAAGGAGGAGAUAUCAACAUUAGUAGGUGAUGACCUAGCAUCUUCCAAAACUGAGACUGAUGAACAUUCCAAAGAAGAAACUGAGCCUCAGGUGUUAAAGUUCAGAGUUACAUGCAAUAGGGCAGGAGAGAAACAUUGCUUUACCUCAAAUGAGGCUGCAAGAGAUUUUGGGGGUGCUGUUCAAGAUCAUUUCAAGUGGAAGGCUGACAUGACUAAUUUUGAUGUGGAGGUUCUCUUGAAUAUCCAUGAUAAUGAAAUGGUUGUGGGCAUUGCACUGACUGAGGAGAGUCUCCACCGUAGAAAUAUUACACAUUUUGGACCUACGACUCUUAGAUCAACUCUUGCUUAUGGGAUGCUUAGGCUCUGUGCACCUCAGCCUAAUGAUAUAAUAGUUGAUCCAAUGUGUGGAACAGGGGCAAUACCAAUAGAGGGGGCCACUGAAUGGUCUAACUGUUACCAUAUUGCUGGUGAUAAUAGUCCACUGGCUGUAAAAAGAACAGCAAAUAAUAUCUCAUCUUUAUUGACCAAGAAUCAAGUUCAAGAAGGCAAACUUUGUUGGGGUAUGCCCAUUGAUGCUGUUCAGUGGGAUAGCUGCAAUCUUCCACUGAGAACUGGCUCUGUGGAUAUCAUUGUAACAGAUAUGCCAUUUGGAAAAAGGAUGGGCUCCAAAAAGAGAAACUGGAAUCUUUAUCCAGCUUGCCUGCAGGAGAUGAGCCGUGUCUGUAGACCUGGGACAGGCAUAGAGAAUGGAAACAUCUACCCUUAG